AUGGACCGCAAAGCAAAUCCAAAACAAAGUAAGGAAAUAGAACAAGUUUCGUUGUCUUUCUUGUUGUUGGAAAUUAUGUCUCUGAGAGAUGGAGAAAUUAAGGCUCCUCAAGCUGACCAGGCGGCGGCUACCGCGAAGCCGUCGGGUACGGCGGAGCAACCACCGUGGAAGAUGAGAGAAAAUCCGGUGGUGAUCGUGAACCGCUGUCCCGUCGUCUCACCCUCCGGCGGAAUCUUGAUAACAGUCCUGCCUGGAUCACUGCUUAAUCCAUUCAAUCUUCCAGUUCGAUUUAAAACUUGGGGGUCCGGAUACUCCCCACUCAACGAUCCUUCUCCCAACUGGAUCAAUCGACCUCCAAAAGAGACGAUACUCCUUGAUGGCUGCGAAUACGAGCACUGGCUGAUUGUGAUGGAGUUUCCAAAUGAACAGAAGCCAACGGAAGAGGAGAUGGUGAAUUCGUACAUCAAAACUCUUGCUGCAGUAGUCGGAAGUGAGGAAGAGGCGAAGAAGGAAAUAUACUCUGUCAGUACAACUACCUAUACUGGCUUCGGUGCCUUGAUUCGGGAAGAGCUUUCUUAUAAGGCGAUUUUGUGCCGAAAUGAAACAGAAUUGGCUGGCGUUUUAUGGGUUUUACCUGAUUCAUAUCUCGAUGUUCCAAACACAGGUGAUCUGUUUAUUGUUGGAAAGGUCAUCGCCAGAGACAACAAAGUGGUAGAAAUAGGCCUCGUCCACGAGAAACUGUGCAUAUUGAACGGAGGCAACCAAUAUUGAGGAUUGUUGGGAGAGAUGUUCCACAUUGGCUAAUUAAGGGAAAUAUCGUAUACUUCAAUUCAGGUACAAAGCUUGGGUCAAGACCAUAGAAACCCGAAUGGUCAAAAUUCAGAUCGAAAUGGAGUUGGAGAUAUCUUGGCAAAUCUAGACAAGUUUAAUUGAAGCAAUCACGGAUUGACUCCUUAAUCCAUGAAGUCUAGGCAGUCAGUUUCAAGGAUGAUUAUGUCAUGAACUCAUCAACUUGCCACUGCCACAAUUCUCUUCCUUCAACGUUUGGAUAGAAUCUUACGUGUGUGUACAUAUGUGUAUAUAUAUAUAUUUAGAUUUAUCAAUUAUGAAUUUUAUAAUAUGUUAUGAGUUCAAAAAACGCAGGUUUUAUGAUCGUUUCUUAUUUAUAAAUUCAUGAUUUUGUCUUUAAGUAGUCAA